CCUGAGCUGGAUGAUCCUAGGAUUUGUAAGGCAGGAAAAAAAGGAAGGCGCGAGGGCGGGCACGGGAGACAGGAUGCUUGUUUUUCGCUCUUGCAGAGCCGUCUGAAGGCCAGACCGCGGGCCCUGGGCGGAGGACCCCUCGCGGCCCCGGGGCUGUGUCCGCGCCCCCGGGCACGAGCAGAGCUCGGCCUCCCUGCGGAGCGAGGACCCGCGCGCGAGUCCCCGCAGGAGCUGGGAGAGUCCCAGGACGCCGGGAAGGAAGUGACACUCCCGAGCGAGCGGGCGCCCUCGCCCAUGCGGAGCCCGGCGCCGCGCCGCUGCCGGUGACCGACCCGAGCCCGCCGUCAGCGGAGCCGCGCAGAGGAGGGGCACCGAGGCAGCCUCUGCGGGACUACCUCAUGAAGAACAAGGGUGCCAAGCAGAAGGUGAAACGCAAGGGAGCCGCCAGCGCGUUUGGCUGUGACCUGACCGAGUAUCUGGAGAGCUCAGGACAGGAUGUUCCAUAUGUUUUGAAGAGAUGUGCAGAAUUUAUUGAGACUCAUGGCAUUGUGGAUGGAAUCUAUCGACUUUCAGGGGUCACCUCAAACAUACAGCGGCUAAGGCAAGAGUUCGGCUCGGAUCAGUGUCCAGACCUGACGAGGGAAGUGUACCUGCAAGACAUCCACUGCGUGGGCUCGCUCUGCAAGCUGUACUUCCGGGAGCUGCCCAACCCACUCCUGACCUAUGAGCUCUAUGAGAAAUUCACGGAGGCAGUGUCCCAUUGCCCAGAGGAGGUCCAACUGGCCCGAAUCCAAAAUGUUAUCCAGAAGCUUCCCCGCUCCCAUUACAGAACCCUGGAAUACUUGAUCCGACACCUCGCCCAUAUUGCCUCCUUCAGCAGCAAGACCAACAUGCACGCCAGGAACCUAGCCCUGGUGUGGGCUCCAAACCUCCUCAGGUCCAGAGACAUCGAAGCAGCCGCCUGCAAUGGCGAUGCAGCCUUCCUUGCUGUGCGAGUGCAGCAGGUGGUGAUCGAGUUCAUACUCAGCCAUGUGGAUCAGAUCUUCAACAGCAGCACGCCUGGGGCUCUGGAGAAGGAUGAAAACCAGCCCAUGGUGAAGAGCCUCACCUUACCCGCCUUGUCCCUUCCCAUGAAGCUGGUAAGCCUGGAGGAAGCUCAGGCCCGCAGCCUGGCCACGAACCACCCAGCUCGGAAAGAGAGGAGGGAGAACAGCUUGCCUGAGAUUGUGGCCCCCAUGGGCGCCCUCUUCCACACAGUCCUCGAGUUACCAGACAGCAAGAGAAAGCUUUCCAGUAAAUCAAAGAAAUGGAAAUCUAUAUUUAACCUGGGCCGCUCUGGAUCAGACUCCAAGUCAAAGCUGAGUAGGAAUGGGAGUGUGUUCCUCCGAGGACAGAGGCUCUCGGGAAAAGAAACCAAAGGAAAUUUCGGUCGAACAGUCACUACUGGUGGAUUUUUCAUUCCAGCCACGAAAUUGCACGCGACCAGCACUGGCAGCUCCUGUGACCUCAGAAAGCAGGAGAGUGAAUGGGGCCAGGAGGGGGUGCCUGCAGGGGCUGAGGGGGGCUUUGACAUGGGGGGUGACCGAAGCCAACUCCAGGGUGCUCAGAUCCGGGCCCCGCCCGAGCAGCUGAAGGUGUUCCGACCUAUCGAGGACCCUGAGAUAGAGCAAACAGCCCCAAAGAUGUUGGGGAUGUUCUACACCUCGAGCGACAGCCCCGGCAAAUCCGUCUUCAGCGGCAGCCUCUUCCAGACAGAGCCCUCACCCCACCAUCAGCGCAAGGCGCUCAAUAUCUCCGAGCCCUUUGCGGUGUCCGUGCCUCUCCGAGUGUCUGCGGUCAUCAGCACAAACAGUACCCCGUGCAGAACACCCCCCAAGGAGCUGCAGUCCCUCUCUAGCCUAGAAGAGUUUUCUUUUCAGGGCUCAGAGAGUGGAAGCUGGCCCGAGGAGGAGAAGCCACCAGGAGCCGAGACUUCUACAGCCCCUGUUAAGAAUGCCAUUCCGGAGGAUGCCUCACGCCAACCUGAUGGCCAGGCAAUGGCAGGAUGCAGCCAGCGUCUUUCCCUGGAGCCGGCUGCCCAUCUGGAGAAGAAAACUUCAGAAGCUGACCUGGCCUCACAUUCAAGGGAAUCAGAAAAGAGAGCAAAACCAGAAAAGGUGGAGGAGGAAGACCAAGGGGCCAACCCAGUGGGGGCCACUGCUCCUCCACCAGAGAGCCCUGGGGCCAGAACUGAAGCUGCAUUUCUCCAUGAGACGGAUGAUGAUGAUCUGACCAACCCCCUUUUCUGGCCUGAGAUUCAACAGGAACUGAAAAUCAUCGAACCUGAAGAGGAGCUCUCCUUGUCACAGCCCCCUUCCCAGAAGACCAACCCAGCUCAGGCAGCUCUGGAGCCAAGCCCAGCAUCCUUUCCUUCCCCAGAGGCUCCUGGGAACUUGCCUUGUGGCUCCCUCUCCACUCCAGUCUCUGUCCCUCUAGAGACAUGGACUAGGGACUCCACUAAUCAUGAUACACGAGGGGCCACUACAGCAGCCAGCAGGAAGAUGCUGGAACCAACCAGUGGCCUCCAUAAGUACAAGCACGAGCAAGGCCUGCAUCUAGACCGAGCCAGUCUGGCCCAUCUGGAUAUAGUUCCCUUUGAGAUGUCUCCACAGGACAGAACAGAGGUAGCAGGCCUGGGGAAUCUUUCACCCCUGCUCCAACCUGCUCCUCCCCAUCUGACUCCUGUGGAGGAGGUGCCUCAAAUCCUGCAGUCAAGGAGUAGCCCUGAGAGAGAUCCCUGCAGGAAUUUGAGCAUCAGUUGUUACACAGAGCAGCCCAAGUCCACAGACAUCCCUGGAAUCCCUAGGGCCCAUCAGGGAGACGAGGUAGCUUUGAACCAAAGUGAAGAGCAAGAUUCAAAGAAUGCUGCUCCUGAGGCAAAAGCCCCUGGUGUCUCAAGCCCAACGAAAGAUGAGGUUUCCCCACCAGGAGAGGAAGAUGGAGUCCAUUCAGUACAAGAGCCUUCAGACUGUGAUGAGGAUGACACUGUGACAGACACUGUUCACCAUGGCCUAGAGAUGGUGGAGCCCUGGGAGGAGCCCCAGUGGGUCACAAGUCCCUUGCACUCUCCCACCCUGAAGGACAUGCAGGAGCCCCGGGUACAGAACACCCAAAGCCAUCGACUGGAGUGGAAGCUGACCUCCAGGCCUGGCCUUCACCAGAGCCACUCCCUGGACAGCAAAAGCUCCAUUUCCACUUGCCAGUGGCCUCUCCACACUCCCUCCUCCAGCAGCUGUGCUAAUCUCAAAGCAGAGAAAAAUCUCGACUCUCUGCAGCCUCUGGCAGCCAGCAGAGAGCCGACUGCAUGGGAUGAGAAAGCCCCAAGGCCCUUCAGAGAGUUCUCCAGCCUGCAAGGGAAAGAGGUUCUUCCUGGCCAGAGAGGACCAACUGCUGUGAAGCCCAAACCAGUAGAAACCAGCCCUGCCAGUCUGGCAGAGAGGAAGGAGCUGGGGCCACACUCGCGGCACAGCAAUCCACAGAUUGAGCCAGGUGAUGUUCCAGGGCUAGACCGCAGCAAGGAGGGUUCCCCUGCUGUCCAGAGCAGCACCUCACCUGGAGAGCAUCCCCCACAGUUACAGCAGAAGAGUCCUGACUGUGGAUCCUGCAGAGGAAAGAACAGGCCUUCUUCCCUCAACUUGGACUCUGCUGUUCCCAUUGCUGAUCUACUCCGGCUUGGGAACGGGGCCUCAUUUAGUUCACCUGGAAUGCAGUUGUCUGAGCCAGAAGACCCCAGAGUCACCUGGAUGACCUCAUCUCACUGUAAAGCAGACCCCUGGGGGGUUUGCUCCCAGGACACCCAGGACCUGGACAUGAUUGCUCAUGCCAUGACAGGCCGCCGCCGUAACUCAGCUCCUGUGAGCGUGUCAGCUGUGAGAACCUCCUUCAUGAUCAAAAUGUGUCAGGCCAAGGCAGUGCCAGUCAUCACACCCCAGAUUCAAUACACACAAAUCCCACAGCCCCUGCCCUCUCAGAGUGCAGGGGAGAAUGGGGCUCAGCCUCUGGAGGGGAGCCAAGAGCCACCUAGCUCAGCUAGUGGAGCCUCUCAGAAACCUGCCAAAGACGAGUCUUCUUCUCCCUUAGACAGCCCUAGGGAAGACAAAUCAAAGCCAGACACAGGAGUGAUUCAGUGCUCACAGAUGGACCUCACCAUGUCCUGCAUGUGUGAGGGCCCCAUCCUUUCUCCAGAACCAGGCUUGCCUAACCUGGUCUCCAGCCAAGAUGCAGCAGUGCAGUGCAGAAAACACACAUCAGAAACAGAGCCAUCUGGGGACAACCUGCUUUCUUCAAAACUCGAGCAAUCCUCUGGAUGUUCCAAGCCUUUGCACAGGGCAAGGCCAGUAAGACCUCAGAGCCUCAUCCUAUUCAGUCCUCCUUUCCCCAUCAUGGACCACCUGCCCCCUUCAUCUACAGUGACAGAUCCCAAGGUCCUGCUAUCCCCCAUCAGAAGUCCCACUCAGACAGUUUCCCCUGGCCUUCUCUGUGGGGAGUUGGCAGAAAACACAUGGGUCACAGCAGAAGGGGUUACACUUAGGAAUAAGAUGACCAUCCCUAAGAAUGGCCAAAGACUAGAGACCUCAACCAGCUGUUUCUACCAGCCUCAGCGGAGAUCGGUGAUUCUAGAUGGAAGAAGUGGGAGGCAAAUAGAAUGACAGCAGCGCACCAGCUGGCAUCUGCAAAGCCAUCACGAUUGACCUGGACUUCAUCACAGGGCCAACUUGCCCCCUUUCCAGGCACAGGUUGUCUAAACAUGGGCUUAUGGUGGCCUGGGCUUCUAACUCAGCCUUUGGAGCAUUCGUUAAUACUGCAUUUGCCAGAAGAGUAGUCAAGGAAAGACCAAAAGGUGACAUUUAGAGAAGUCUGUAGGCAAAUGGUCGGGGAGGACAAUGGAGUGCAUGCCUCGAGUGAAGUGUGGGGCUCGUGAGCUCUGUGACUCCCCUUUCGUCAUUCUGUUGCAGUUGGAGCUGGCUGUGAUAGUGUCCUUUGAAGGAAAGCAAAGUCCUUCACCUGUGUCAGAAAAUGUUAUGAUUGAGAUUCGAAAGCCUGUUCUUCAUGCUUUGUAACACUCUUUAAAGCAUGUGUUUUUUUUUAAAAUCAACUUCUAAUAAGCUUUGUACUAGCCAAGAAAGAAGGUUGGGAAACGCAAGUGAACGUGCACUUAGGUAUCCCAGGUGAGCUUCCCCUUGUGCUUCCCCUGGAGGCCCUCCAGAACUGCCCAGCAGGACUCUGUGCAGCAGCAAGGAACAUCAGAGUCUGCUCAAGAGCAAGCCCUAACACUGGCACGAUGCAUGAAGACUUUCUCCUCUGGCUUUCAUUAACCAGAGACUCCAUCUGCCACUGCACUAACCUUGGAUUUAUAAAUCCAGGAUCUGCGCAGAGCAGGAUCUAAGCUGGGGAUUACCUAGUACAGUGUCUGGAUGCUUUGUGUGGGGAUGCAGGCUUCCAGUUAAGAGACCCCUCAUGAGGUGAAGGCACUUGCCUUCUUAACAAGAUCAGAACCCAGAAACUGGGUGUCCUCAGAGAAAAGCCUCACACAAAGGCAUGAGUACACUGCAUACUUACUGUGUUCAUAUUGGGGUUCUUAGCAGAAAACGUCUCUAGUUCAGCUUCAUUCCUCUUCCACCCUGGGGCAGCAGCACAGGAAGGGAGGCAGAGAGAAGCCUAGCAGAGUAGUGAUCCUUGGCCCUCCCGGGCAGCUGCCCUCCUUGAAAACUGUAUUUCAGCUUAGCGACUGGGUUCCUCUUUUGGUUCCAGGAAUUGACUCAGGACCUUGCACUCGCUGGAUAGGCACUGUGCUACUGAGCUAUAUCCCUGGCCCAGUUCUUUUCUUUCUCAAGAGCAAAUUUAAAGCUCCCCUGUCCCUUCUACAAUUCCCCUCAUCCACAAACCAACAACAGGCACUUAGAUGUGCUCUUCUCUGUUUGGAUACAAGCAGAAGCAAUAAACCAAUCAUUUCUUUCAGUUAUUUACAACUUCCAGAGGUUCUCUCCUUGAUAGCUAGAGAGAGGACUAUUAUAACUGCUGGCAGAUUUUUGGUGCUGUCCCCCAAAAAAGGCUUCACAGGGCCAGUCUUCUCGGGUUCAAUCUUGGCCAAACUCUGUAGGUUUGGUCACUGCAGGUAAUUCUCUAGGGGCCUUCAGUUCUGUAGGCAGACCUGGCGACCAGGGCCGUGCUGGGCCCAGGUGGGGCUGAGCUCAUGGUCUCCUCUGGUGUGAAGCUGGAAGCUGAUGCUCCGCCACAGAUCUCUGUGUCCUCCCUGCCCUUCUUCCCUCCCUCCUUUUCUCUGCCCCUCCUCCUCUGGUGCUUUUCUUCCCCGUCUGAUAAAAAGCCUCAUAGCCUUGAGAUCUCUGCUGUACCUGUGAAGCCUGCAUCUGUGGCAGGGGGAGUUGGCAGGCCAGCUGAGCAGUUCUGCCUUGGAGAGCACUGAGGUGCCUGGCACAGGGAGCAGUUACGAGGCCCCUGGCGAGUGUUCGUGCUUUCUCAUUGGGUGAGCAAGACACUGGACCCACAGCAGUAGGUCAGCCCAUAAGAAGAGCCCCAGUAUGGGACAUUUUCCCGAGGCAAGCUACGUAAAGAAAUAGAAUGGUGAGAGAUGAGAAAGGUCAUGAUCAGAGAUUUCAAAAGCACAUUCCUGCCUUAUCAGAAAAUGUAGCAGAAAAGUUUGAUGUCAGCCUCUGUGCACGUGUGGCAUGUGCGCCUAGAUAGAUAAGGAGCACGUUCCAGUUAUAAUGUGAGAGAGGGAAAGAACUGCACUUUGCCAACCACCAGGACUCUGAGCCAAGAAAUGGAAUAUUUUUUUUAAAACUACUCUAUGAAUAUUUUAAAUUUUUGGUUUUUUGUAAUACAUAUUUUUAUUUGCAGAUAGACUGAGAAGCCACCCUUAACAUACUAACAUGUGAAGAGGUAGGCAUGGAGGGACAAACCUGUAAUCCCAGCACUCGGGAGGCUGAGGCAGGAGAAUUGCCAUAAGUUCAAGGCCAGCCUGAACUACAUAGGGUGAGGAGUCACUGUCAAAAACAACAACAAAACAUUACUAACAAGUGACUCCAGUUCUCAGGGCCGAGGAGCCUAUGCAGAUCUGUCAGAUGGCUGCCACGUCUCUGUAGACUCACACCUUCCACUUAUGGUAUCCCCUUCUGUGCCUAGGUCUGGGAUGCCAUCACACAGCCUGUGACACCUGUCUGGAGACAGUUCCUACUCCAGGCUUUCCAAACCCUCAGCUCUAGAGGCACUGGGAAACCAGCUCACUUUCCUGUCCUGCUGCUCGUGUGGCCUUCUCCUUCAAUGAUGUUAUAGCCUCUCAACUGUCACACUCAUGUUCAGAAACAUCCUGGGGCUGGGCUGGCCUGGUGCUGUUGAAAUUUCAUUCCAUGGCAAAGAAAACUCGUAUCUGUUUACUAAAUUGUUCCCCUGCAUGCCUUGGGAUUACCUACUAGGCCACCCACUUGGGACGCUGAGACAUGAGGCCCCUGAGAAGGGCCAGACAGGCCUCUGAGCGCUUGCUCCUCUCUGGAGCCUCAGGCUGCAGGAGGAUCUGCCCGAUACCCUGCCAAGGGCUGCAGAAUCAAGCUCUCCAGCAACGGGUCCUCAGCACAGGGGCAGCUAACUACAAAUGCUGAACUCAAAUGUACACGCAGGCUAUUGUCUUUUAGUAUUUAUGGUUGCAUAAGAAGAUACUAACACAUAUUUAUUUGUAAAAUAGUCUUCCUAAGCUAAUAUUUUUCUUGUGAAAAUGGACAAAUAGAGAUGACUUGAGUUUUUUUGUUUCAAUUGGAAUAUGAAGCAACCUGAUCAAGGCCUUAUUAAGAUACUGUCAGCCCUAAAAUUUGAAAUACUGUCUAAGUCAAAAUUCUGAAGUUCAGGGACAUUAAAAAUGUCAUCACUCUCAAAUAUUUAUUAAAAGCUUAAUAGUGAUGCACCUGUUAUCUUAGUACUCUUAAAUUUUUGAAGAGUCUAACAAAAAAAGUGAUAAGAACAAGUGAGAUAGCCUAUAAAUAACAAGGAGCAAGGUUGAGAACCAUUAAUUACCAAACCAA